CCAAGAAAAGGAAACUGAUCCCCCAAUUUCGGUUUAACCUAUAUAAACCGCGGAUUGAGCCGAGAGCGAGGGCACCCACCGAUUGAUUCUUCGUCGGAGUCGCAGAUUCAGAGGAGAAAAGCAGCAACCAAGAUCCGAACGAGCCCUUGGGUUGCUCAACCGGAUCGAGAGAUAGAGAGAGAGAGGAAGGGGCGGAGGGGCGAUGGGGGAGAUGAACUGGGUGAGCAGGAAGAUCCACCUCUACAACGUCACCAUGGGCCUCUACAUGCUCGAUUGGUGGGAGCGCUGCCUCUUCAACAUAAUGGUGCUGAUCCUGCUCUGGUUCAUCUGCUUCAAUGGCUCUCGCUUUGCCAGCGACGUCUUCGAGAGCCACCUGAAGUCUCGGAUUAUGCCCAGUGGAAACUAUGGCAUGGGUGUAAACAUGCCCUCCACCUAAGCCUGCAUUGACAAGUAAAAAAUAAGGAGGAAGUGGGUUAUGAAAUUAUGGAAGCGGCUCAAAUAACUUACAUUGUAGUUCUGUGUACGAACUAGUUCCAAAAUGAAAUCUGGUUGUGAUUAAUU